CGACGAACUUCACUGCUUGAACAAGAUCUGUUUUCUCUGAGGAAGAAAACAUUUUACAGAUCUAAACUCGAUGGCAGCACCCGAUCACUUGUUCAGUCUUCGUAACCACUUCUACUUGGGCGCCUAUCAGUCUGCCAUUAACAACAGCGACAUCCCUAAUCUCCCUCAUGACGACGCCGUCGAGCGCGACUGCCUCGUCUAUCGCUCUUACAUUGCUCUCGGCAGCUACCAGCUUGUGAUCAGUGAGAUCGAUGACUCAGCUGCUACGCCUCUCCAAGCUGUCAAGUUGCUUGCUCUGUAUCUUUCAAGUCCGGAAAACAAGGAAUCAACAAUUUCUAGUUUAAAGGAGUGGUUGGCAGAUCCAGCCAUUGGAAACAACUCUACUUUGCGACUGAUUGCUGGGAUCAUAUUCAUGCAUGAGGAAGAUUAUAAUGAGGCUCUCAAACACACAAAUGCUGGGGGGACUAUGGAGCUACAUGCAUUGAAUGUCCAAAUAUUCCUUAAGAUGCACAGAUCUGACUAUGCAGAGAGACAACUGAGGGUUAUGCAACAGACUGAUGAGGAUCACACACUAACUCAACUUGCAAAUGCAUGGUUGAAUGUGGCAGUGGGUGGUUCCAAGAUACAGGAAGCAUACCUCAUCUUCCAAGAUUUCUCUGAAAAUUACGCAAUGACAGGGUUGAUCUUGAAUGGAAAGGCUGUUUGCUGCAUGCACAUGGGCAACUUUGACGAAGCUGAAACACUUUUGCUUGAAGCACUCAACAAGGAUGCAAAAGAUCCAGAAACUUUGGCCAAUCUGAUUGUAUGCAGCCUUCAUCUCGGUAAAUCAUCUUCACGUUACCUCAGCCAGUUGAAACUUUCACAUCCGCACCACAUACUUGUUAAGCGUGCAUCUUCUGCAGAAGAGAACUUUGAAAGAGCCAUUCAAUCUGUUGCUUGAGGACCAGGCUGAGUUGUGUUGUCGGCAAUCGGCCCUCUGGGCCAAGAGGUGGUUGUGCUUGCUUGACAUGGUACAUUUCACCUUGAAAUCAGCUAUUUUUGUAACCUGCAAGAAUAUAUGAUGAUAUGAUUGAUUGGAAAAUUUGUGGUUUUGUUAGCAUAUAGAGUUGGGAAAUUUGAUGAUAGUCUUAAGAUUUGCCUCAUCUGGUUGUUGGAUAAUCGAUACAUUAAAUAUUCAAAGCAAAUGUCAUUUAUUUAUGGUCUUUGUGGUCUGGAAAAUAUUUUACAAUAAUAGUUUAUGUAAUAAAAUGGGUAUAAACGCGGUACAAUUACUU